UUAGUAUGAAUGUAUAAUCAGUUUUUAUUACAGAUAACGUCUAUGCCCUAUUUUGAAAAUGGAACUGAUAUCACUAGUUAGGAAGAAAAGAUGCAAAGAGGCAAUAGAGCUGAUCAAAGGAGGAACUAAUUUAGACUAUGUGGAUGAGAACUGUUGUACAUGUCUGCAUUAUGCUAGUUCUGGAGGAUUGUCCGAAUGUAUCGUCGCAGCAGCACAGCAUGGAGUUGACGUUGAACAAAGAGAUAAGGAUGGUGAAACUGCCUUAUUCAAAGCUGUGAAAAAUUCAAAUAUUGAAUCAGUGGUUGCACUUGUAGCCUUUAAAUCAACAAUAAAUGUUGUCAACAAUAGAGGACAAAGUCCUUUAGAUAUAGCGGUUGCAAAGAAGGAUGCUGAGGUUAUAGAGUUACUUUGCAGUUUCGGAUCAUCAGUUACAAUUGAUGAUUGGGCACUCGUAGGUGUUGAUGUUGAUAUCCUAAACAAAAAAGACCAGAAAAUUAUGAGAACAUUGAUUAACCAACAAGAACGAGAAGCCGAGAAUAAUUACGGAAACUAUGCUUUUGAAGUCUGCUACGUGAAUCCUGGUGAAGAUAUUUCAAUAUGUACAGACAUCACCAUCAAUACGGACAAUAUUAACAUCGGUUUUUACUUAUACUGUUCAAAAGUUAUCCCAGAAUACACUGAUAUCUCAAUGCAUCUGGGUUCUGAAGACCGAAUUUUCAGCGAUGUUUAUGAAAUAAAAACAUGGGGAGAUACACCAAGGUAUUUAGAGUUUCACAUUUCUGUGUUAGGAAUUGUUGAAGACAAUCAGCUAGUGGUAAUUGUUCCCUUGGAAGGUUCUGCAGAAGGCAAUAUUUCAGGUCAGGCAUUUACUGAUGGAGAACAUGCAGAAGAGUAUACAAAGUUUGAUAUAAAAAUUGAUCUAACAAGAAUGAAGAUGGCCAAAUUCGUUGUAUUAUCACAGAAACGACAUGAAGAGUUUGACGUUACACAGUUCGAGGUCAAAAUUAUUCCGCAGUCAGAAAGUAAUGCAGAAAUAAACAUACCUGAGGGAGCAUUUAAGUCACCAGGAAAAUUAAUGCUUAAUGUAGCUGAUACAAAUGAUUGGAACAGUGACGAAACGGUCCUAUUUACUAAUGUCGUAGAUUUAACAAUGCAGAAUAAAGCUCAGCCGAACAAACCCAUAAAUGUAAAACUUCCUCUGCAUUCACUGGCUGCAUCUGUCGAUGAUUUUGUAAUAAUAGCCUCCCAUAAAGAUAUUCCAGAAACAGAGAAUGAUUGGGAAAUAUGUCCAACACAUAUAAAAAUCGAAGGAAACAUAGUGUCCUUCUUUGCAGAACAUUUUACACGCUUCACUGUUGGAUCAAGGAAAAAUUUCAAGAAUAGUGCAGAAUCGGCAACAUUGGCUGUGCUCCAAUAUAGGCCUACAGAGAUAUUUGCAGGUCUCAAGAAAGAGACAGAUAGAAAAUUGACCUUAAUAGUUGAAAUCGCAUUGAAACAUUUUGGGAAGAAGAGAAGGAAAUAUUGGAGACAAAAAGGAUUUCGACUCCAGACAAUAGAAUACAGAGACGGUAUAGUUCAAGAUGGUGAAAAGCUAAAUAUUUCCUUAGAAGGAAAUUUUCAGAUAGACACAAUAAGAAGUUCAAAAGGGCACAUCAUAUUUAACCAUAACAAGAAAAGGAACUAUCGUACAUUUUAUAUUGUUUCUGACCAGCAAGAACCACCAAUAGGUGACGUCAUUGUAUUCAGGACUACGAAGAAAAUCGUUGAACAAUCAGUUAUAGAUACAUUAAGAAACAAGCCCAAACCUGGACUUUGGUCAGUUUUAUGUAACAACGUGGUUAAAGUCGCAACAUCAAGACGAGUAGCCAUCGAACAUGGAAUCAAAGAACUGGUCAGAUUACCAAUCGAUGGACUUCUGUUCGAUGAAAACCAAGAUGUUAGUGUAGAUAUAGAUGAUUCACAGUGUACAAUUCCUGUUCUUAGAAAAUCAUCAUUAUUUAGACUCGGACAACAACUCAGUAUAGAUGAAUGCUACAAACUUGGAGUUAAAUUAAAUAUUUCCGAUGAGAAACUAUCGAGCAUAGAGUCAAAACUAGAAUUUAAAACUGCGAUGUUUGAAAUAUGGAGACCUUCACGGCCCAAUGAAACUUUGGUUUUUAAUAUAGUUAUAGCACUUAAAAAGAAAGGCAAAGGCAAUUUAGCCGAUGCCGUACAAGAGGCUUUUGUAGACAAUGUAGAAUUCACAUAAACAAUGAAAAAAUAGAAGGCCGCUAUCCUGUUUCGGUUGUAUUCCUCGUAGCUUCAUGUAGAUGAAAUUAAUUCUCUCCGGCACUAGACUCUUUCUUUUAUACAAAUUCAGGUGUACAUAUACGUAUUAAAGUUUACCGUUUACCAGU